UCCCCUCCCUCCCCGCCCGGCUCUUCUCUUCCCGUUGAGGUGGCGGCCGGCCUCGCCUCCUAGUCAGCUUCGCUUUUCCUCUCCUCGAGUCUUCCCUUUUCCCCGGGGCCCAGAGCGGCCAGACUUCUCAUUUCUUUCUCUACGGUGGCCCAGAGCCCCUGCGUGCGCUCCUUCCCCCGCCAUGAAUGAGGAAUACGAUGUGAUCGUGCUGGGCACCGGCCUGACGGAAUGUAUCCUGUCAGGGAUAAUGUCAGUGAAUGGAAAGAAGGUUCUUCAUAUGGACCAGAACCCGUACUAUGGAGGAGAAAGUGCAUCAAUAACACCACUGGAAGAUUUAUACAAAAGAUUUAAGUUACCAGGACAACCACCAGCAUCAAUGGGGAGAGGACGAGACUGGAAUGUUGACUUAAUUCCCAAGUUCCUUAUGGCCAAUGGUCAGUUGGUGAAGAUGCUGCUUUACACAGAGGUCACUCGCUAUAUGGAUUUCAAAGUGAUUGAAGGGAGCUUUGUGUAUAAGGGGGGGAAAAUCUACAAGGUUCCUUCCACUGAAGCAGAAGCCCUGGCAUCUAGCUUAAUGGGACUAUUUGAAAAACGCCGCUUCAGGAAAUUCCUAGUUUAUGUUGCCAACUUUGAUGAAAAAGAUCCUAGAACUUUUGAGGGUGUUGAUCCUAAGAAGACCUCAAUGAGAGAUUUGUAUAAGAAGUUUGAUUUGGGCCAAGAUGUUAUAGACUUUACUGGCCAUUCUCUUGCACUGUACCGAACAGAUGACUACUUGGAUCAGCCGUGUUACGAUACCAUUAAUAGAAUUAAACUUUACAGUGAGUCUUUGGCAAGAUAUGGUAAAAGCCCAUACCUUUAUCCACUCUAUGGCCUUGGAGAAUUGCCGCAAGGAUUUGCAAGGUUAAGUGCUAUAUAUGGAGGUACCUACAUGUUGAAUAAACCAAUUGAAGAAAUCAUUGUGCAGAAUGGAAAAGUGGUUGGUGUAAAAUCUGAAGGAGAGAUUGCUCGCUGUAAGCAGCUCAUCUGCGACCCCAGCUAUGUAAAAGAUCGGGUUGAAAAAGUGGGCCAGGUAAUCAGAGUGAUUUGUAUCCUUAGCCACCCUAUCAAGAACACCAAUGAUGCCAAUUCCUGCCAGAUCAUCAUUCCACAGAACCAAGUCAACCGCAAAGUCAGAUAUCUAUGUUUGUAUGAUCUCCUUUGCACACAAUGUGGCAGCACAGGGCAAAUACAUUGCCAUUGUAAGUACAACUGUGGAGACCAAGGAACCAGAGAAAGAAAUCAGACCAGCUUUGGAGCUCUUGGAACCAAUUGAACAGAAAUUUGUCACAUCAGUGACCUCUUUGUACCUAAAGAUUUGGGAUCAGAGAGCCAGGGUGAGU